AUGCCACCUUCAAAACGAAAUCGCGUCGUCCCAACCUCCAAAACUCGCAAGAACCGCAAAGAGCGCGUCCGUCGACUUGCCACGAAUGUCCAGGAAGCUGCCGAACAAUAUUCAUACAUCUGGGUAUUCGACGUCCGCAAUAUGAGGAAUAACUUUCUCAAACAAGUCAGAACUGAUUUCAGUGAUUCGAGGAUAAUGAUGGGAAAGACAAAGGUCAUGAUGGUGGGAUUAGGACACACUGAAGAGACGGAAUGCGCACCGGGAGUCAGUGCCUUGGGUCCUUAUCUCAAGGGCCAGGUCGGACUGCUUUUCACGGACCGAGAACCUCCUGAAAUUGAAGAAUACUUUGAGGGCUUUCUGAAUCUGGAUUUUGCCAGGAGCGGGACUAUUGCCACUCAGGAAAUCAGAAUCCCUCCGGGCGAACUACACACCAUGUAUGGCAUCGAGGGAGGUGAGGAUGAUCCGUUACCAAUUCAGAUCGAACCAACUUUGCGGAAACUUGGAGUCCCAACCAGGCUUGUCAAGGGGAGGGUCGUAUUGGAGGAACAUCCAGAAGGGUCAAUGGAUGAAGAAGACGGUUACCUCGUCUGCAAAGAAGGAGAUACAUUGGACUCAAGGCAGACUUCUAUUUUGAAAAUCCUCGGAGUUCGGAUGUCAGAGUUCAAGAUUGAAUUGAGAGCCCUUUUUGACAAAAAGGAGGGAACAGUUCGCGAGAUGAGCGGAAUGCAGCUUGACGAAGCCGCAGCGUGA